UAACAUUGCUUUCUGAAUUCCUCAGCAGAUAAAUGAUCAUUUCAUCUGGACAACAGGCUUGAUAUGGAUCCAGUUAUUAAACACUUCAGUCACCCGCAUCCCUUAAAACUGCUAAAUUUUCCACCGCAAACCACAAAUACAUUUAUGUGUGCAGGUUGCAAAUACGAGGUCUCAGGAUGGUUCUACUUUUGCAGUAUUUGCAACUACUACCUUCACAAAACUUGCUCCCGUAUGCCUCCAAAGGUAGAGCAUCAAGUCGACCCAAAACACACCCUUGUUCUUCUUUCAUCCCCUGUUUAUGCUACUUGUUCCUUCAAGUGCAAUGCCUGUUGGAAACUUGGCACAGGCUUUUGCUACCACUGUAGAGACUGUCAGCUUGAAAUACACGCUCUUUGCAUCUAUAACCCUUCAUUAGUCUAUACUAGCACCCACCAUCACACACUGGAACUUUGUUUCAGCCCUCCGUAUAGUACGAAGGAAUUUCAGUGUGACAUCUGCAAACAAAUUGGUUCAAACCACUGGCUGUAUAGAUGUGGCUACUGCAAAUAUGACGUUCACAUGAACUGUGCCAUGUCCAACCGGUUGCAGCCAGCCACAGAGGUCCCACAGACAAAGCAACAGAUUCUGUGCCCUACUGAUUGUGCCAAUACUCAAUUCCAAUCUGCAAGAGCGAUCCAAAACCAACGAACACAUGAGGAGCAACUGCCGUGGCAACCCAAUCAAGCGCACAAUCAACUUCAACCUGUCAGAGGGGUCCAACAAACACAGCAGAAUCAACUGCUUUGCCACAAUAUUUUUGCCAGUACCCAUCCUCGAUCUGUCAAAGGGAUCCAACAAAUACAGGAGCAAAAACUGCAUCACAGCAAUAGUUUCAAUAUUCAAAUUCAACCUAUCAGAGCAAUUCAAGUUGAAAAAACACAACAGGAGCAACUUCUAGGCCAUACUGAUAGAACCAACACUAAUGCUCAACAUGUCACAGGCAUCCAACAAACACAGCAACAGCCCCGAUUGGUCAUGUAUCGAAGUUUCCCUCCCCAAUUUUCCAAAUUCAUGACCGGCCUUCCAACUUCACGUUCAACAUUUUACCAUGUUUCUCAACCUGUCAUACCUAUACCACCGCAACAAAUCUAUGUUCCGUACGUUCAAACUCCAACUCCAAUUCCCGAAGCUGGUUCAUCAAAUUGGAAUCAACCUUACAAAGUGAAUGGUUAUACGGCAAGUAUGCCAAUCGUGUCUGUUCGUCAGCAUGGUCCACAACUUAUUCAUCAAAUGAAUCGUUAUACAGCAAGUACGCCAACCAUUGCUGCAGUUCCUCAGUAUGUUCAGCUUCCUAGUACGACAAAGCCAGGCAACAAUCUCAUGGGCCAUGUGGUUCAAGAAUUAAUUGAUGGUUUCGUUCACCAAGCAGUUGGGGCUAUAUUUGAUAGUGCAACUUCUGGAGACCUCCCAUUUGAUCUAGAUAUUGUUAUGAGCUCUGAACCAUCGAUGAAGGUGAAGUGUGUGUGUGAGUGUAUGGUCUCCAUUUCGGAUUCACAGAUUGGUGGAAUUAAUAAUUACGGAAUUAUAAAUGAUCAUUUCAUGGGGACAACGGGAGAAAUGAGCAGGCUUGAUAUGGAUCCAGUUGUUCAACAUUUCAGUCACCCACAUCCCUUAAAACUGCUAAAUUUUCGACCGCAAACCACUAACACAUUUAUUUGUGCAGGUUGCAAAUUAGAGGUCUCAGGAUGGUUCUACCUUUGCAGUACUUGCAACUACUGCCUUCACAAAAGUUGCUCCCGUAUGCCUCCAAACGUAGAGCAUCAAGUCGACUCGAAACACACCCUUGUUCUUCUUUCAUCCCCUGUUUAUGCUACUGGUUCCUUCAAGUGCAAUGCCUGUGGGAAACUUGGCACAGGCUUUUGCUACCACUGUAAAGAUUGUCAGCUUGAUAUACACACUCUUUGCAUCUAUAACCCUUCAUCAGUCAAUACUAGCACCCACCAUCACACACUGGAACUUUGUUUCAGCCCUCCAUAUAGUAAGAAGAAAUUUCAGUGUGACAUCUGCAAGCAAAUUGGUUCAAACCAUUGGCUGUAUAGAUGUGGCUCCUGCAAAUAUGAUGUUCACAUGAACUGUGCGAUGUCUAACCGAUUGCAGCCAGCCACACAGAUCCAACAGACAAAGCAACAGAUUCUGUGCCCUACUGAUUGUGCCGAUGCUCAACUCCAAUCUGCAAGAGCGAUCCAAACCCAACGAACACAUCAGGAGCAAGUGCUGUGCCAAGCCAAUCAAGCGCACAAUCAACCUCAACCUGUCAGAGGGGUCCAACAGACACAGCAGAAUCAACUGCUUUGCCACAAUAUUAUUGCCACUACCCAUCCUCUACCUGUGAAAGGGAUCCAACAAACACAGGAGCAAAAACUUCAUCACGGCAAUAGUGUCAAUAUUCAAAUUCAACCUAUCCGAGCAAUUCAAGUCGAACAAACACAUCAGGAGCAACUUCUAGGCCAUUCUGAUAGAGCCUACACUAAUGUUCAACCUGUCACGGAUAUCCAACAAAUACAGCAACAGCCCCAACUGCAUAGGUCUCGAAGUUUCCCUCCCCAGUCUUCCAAAUUCAUGACCGAUCUUCCAAAUUCAGGUUCAACAUUUUACCAUGUUUCUCAACCUGUCAUACCCAUACCACCACAACAAAUCUUUGUUCCAUACGUUCAAACUCCAACUCCAAUUCCCGAAGCCGGUUCAUCAAAUUGGAAUCAACCUUACAAAGUGAAUGGUUAUGCAGCAAGUAUGCCAACCUUAGCUAUUGGUCAGCAUGGUCCACAACCUAUUCAUCAAAUGAAUCGUUAUACAACAAGUACGCCAACCAUCAUUGCUGCAGUUCCUCAGUAUGUUCAGCCUCCUCACACGACAAAGCCAGGCAACAAUCUCAUGGGCCAUGUGGUUCAAGAAUUAAUUGAUGGUUUCAUUAACCAAGCAGGAGAGACUAUAUUUGAAAGUGUAACCUCUGGAAACCUCCCAUUUGAUAUAGAUAUUGGCAAUUCCUGA